AUGUUUCUGCACGGCAAUUGUUUACGGGUGGCUCUGUUUUGGGCCGUUGCGGCCUUUGCGGCGGCCACAAUUGUGGUCGCUGUGCAGCGCAACCAGCUGGAGGCGGAUUUGCGGGAUAUGCGCGAAAAGAUUGACAUGUACGAGGCGCUUAAUGGAUCGCAGCUUGCAGUGGACAGUAACCGUCAGAAGCGUCAGACUCUAGAGGAGAUUGAUUAUCGCUUGCCAACGGCACUCGAGCCCCAGCAUUAUGAUCUGUAUCUGCAUCCCGAUUUGGAAGCGGGCACCUUUACGGGCCAAGAGAAAAUCAAAAUAAAAGUGCUAGAGGCGACCAACCAAAUCGUUUUGCAUUCCCACAAAUUAAACAUAACCAGCGUUUAUGUGGAGAAUCGGGAGCUGGAGAGCCAUGAGCUGGACGAGGUGCGCGAGUUUCUCAUCAUCAAUAUGCAAGAGCAGCUGCCCGUGGAUGCGGUCAUCACGCUGGGCAUCGUGUUCGAGGGUCAGUCGAUCAACAAGCUGGUUGGGCUCUACAGCAGCAGCUAUACAACGCCAGCCGGUCAGCUUCGCGAAAUUGCAACCACCAAAUUUGAGCCCACCUAUGCGAGACAGGCUUUUCCCUGCUUCGAUGAGCCCGCCCUAAAGGCCACGUAUGCCAUCAGCGUGGUGCAUCCCAGUUCCGGUUCCUACCACGCUCUCUCCAACAUGGAUCAAACGGAGACGACAAAUCUGGGCGAGAACACGAUGGCCACCUUUCAGACCAGUGUGGCCAUGAGCACCUAUUUGGCCUGCAUCAUUGUCUCCGAUUUUGACUCGGAGUCGAGCACGGUGAAUGCGAAUGGCAUUGGCAAUGAUUUCUCGAUGCGCGCCUUUGCCACGCCCCAUCAGCUGAAUAAAGUGAAAUACGCGUUGGAAUUUGGCACAGCCGUCACCGAAUAUUACAUACAGUACUUUAAUGUCGAAUAUCCACUACCCAAGCUGGACAUGGCUGCCAUACCGGACUUUGCCUCCAAUGCCAUGGAGCACUGGGGCCUGGUCACCUACAGGGAGACUGCGCUGCUCUACGAUGAGGACUACAGCUCCACGCUUAAUAAACAGUCCAUAGCCGGUGUGUUGGCUCAUGAGAUUACCCAUCAAUGGUUUGGCAAUCUGGUCACCAUGAAGUGGUGGAAUGAUUUGUGGCUAAACGAGGGUUUCGCACGCUUUAUGCAGUACAAGGGCGUGCAUGCAGUGCAUCCAGAUUGGGGCAUGCUGGAACAAUUUCAAAUAAUGGCACUGCAUCCGGUGCUCUUGUUCGAUGCCAAGCUCUCCUCGCAUCCCAUUGUACAGAAAGUCGAAUCUCCGGAUGAAAUCACGGCCAUAUUCGAUACCAUCAGCUACGAGAAGGCGGGCUCUGUGCUGCGCAUGCUGGAGUCCGUUGUCGGCGCCGACAAGUUCGAGCUGGCGGUCACCAGCUAUUUAACCAAAUUUCAGUACGCCAACACUGUCACCGAUGACUUCCUUACGGAGGUGGCCGCUCAGGUCAGCGCCUUCAAUGUGAAGCAAUUUAUGCGCACCUGGACGGAGCAGAUGGGCUAUCCGGUGCUCAACGUGCGGCGCGCAAGCGAAACCAGCUUCAUCAUUAGCCAACAGCGUUUCCUCUCGAACAAGGCCAGCUAUGAGGAGGCGGUAGAGUCCACUGAAUUUGGCUAUAGGUGGAGUGUGGCCAUAACCUAUUUCCUGGACACGUCGGAGAGCAACGAGGUGCACAGCUCAUUAUUCGAAUAUGAUCAGGAUGAGGCGGACGUGCCUGUCACCACGGAUGUUAAAUGGCUCAAACUGAAUUCCCAUCAGCUUGGCUACUAUCGCGUCAACUAUGAGUCCAGCAUUUGGCAGCAGCUCAUCCAGGAGCUGGUGGAGCAACCAACGCGUUUCGAUAUUGCGGAUCGUGCACAUCUGCUAGACGAUGCUUUCGCCCUGGCCGAUGCCAGCCAGUUGUCGUACAGCGUGCCGCUGGAGAUGACCGCCUACCUGGCGCAGGAGACGGACUUUGUGCCCUGGUAUGUGGCCACCUCCAAGCUGCUGACGCUCAGAAGGAACCUCAUGUUCACCGAGAGCUAUGUCUCCUAUUUGAGCUAUGCGCGCACGCUGCUGACCAAUGUCUACAAGGAGGUCGGCUGGACAGUCGACAAGGACAACCAUUUGGGCAACCGCCUCCGUGUUUCUGUGCUGGGUGCAGCCUGUGCCUUGGGCGUGGAAGAUUGCCUGCAGCAAGCCGAGGAGCUUUUCACCAAGUGGCUAAACGAGCCAACCGCCGCCAAUCGCCCAGCGCCCGAUCUGCGCGAGCUGGUCUACUACUAUGGCAUGCAGCAGACGAGCAGCGAGGCCAGCUGGGAGCAGCUGCUGGAGCUGUUCAAGGCCGAGUCCGAUGCCAGCGAGAAAUCGAAGCUAAUGUACGGCCUGUCGGCUGUGCAGGAUAGUCAGCUGCUCUACCGCUUCCUCGAGCUGGCCACAGAUGAGAGCAUUGUGCGCUCCCAGGACUAUUUCACCUGUGUGCAGAACAUCGCCGCCAAUCCGGUGGGUCAGCCCAUUGUCUGGGACUACUAUCGCGAGCAGUGGCCACAGCUCAUCAAUCGAUUUGGCCUUAAUGAUCGCAAUCUGGGCAAGCUGAUAACCAGCAUAACGAGCCGAUUUGCCAGCGAGAUAAAGCUGGAUGAGGUGCAGGAGUUCUACACCAAGUAUCCAGACUCCGGAGCGGGUGCCAGUUCCAGGCAGCAGGCUGUGGAGACAAUCAAAUACAAUAUUAAUUGGCUUAAGGAGAACUCCGACGACAUUGCCAGCUGGCUGAGCGGUACGGCCGCCCCAUUGACCUCUAAAAUCCCAUUGUAAAAAUUUGACCACAAAUUUCCCAUAUUCAAUAAAUUCCGUUCCGUGGAAUAUUUCCUCAAUUACUUGCAUAAUAAGGCGAAUGGCCAAGAAAUAUAACAAUAAAGUAGA